GUGCAUCAUACACGACUAUCAAAACAAUCAAACCCAGGGAAAUUCGAAGGAAAUGAUUAUAAGAGUCAGCUAAAGUCGCUGACAAUUUGCCCUAGCAGCGAGCCAUGCCGGGCGUAGCAGUGCUGGGGACUAAGGGCGUGGUGCCUAAGCCCAAGGCUCGCUUUGGAGCACGGCCUCAGCCGGUCGCACAGGAUGCGACUGGCACGAGUGCUGAGGCCGCUGCACCAGCGGUCCAGGACGAGCCCACACAAGAGGGCUCCCAGGCGAGCGUGUUCGACGAGGUGGAGAGCGACGAGGUGACGUAUUCGCACCUCCUGCCCAAGGUCAUGGCACCUUUCGAAACACGGUCCGGGGAGACGCCGCGCAAAGUGCUUAUACAAAGGCGGCGGCGGCAGUUUGCGGCUCAGGACGUGGCGGAGCUGGUGCAUGGCGAGGGCGUGGCGCAGCCGCCGCAGGAGCUUUUCCCGCUUGAGGUGUUUGACAACACCAACUUCGAGUCGCGCAUGCACCCGGAGUGGGUACCGCGGAGGCCAGGUGUGCCACUGACCUCGGGGCGGGCGCUGGUAGCGCACGACGACGGGACGGGGCACUCCGUGGUGGACUGGGUGCCGUGCACGGUUGUCGAUUUCGACGAGGCCACCAACUCGUACGGCGUAACGCUGCAUCAGCUGGCGCAUUCCGGCAAUGGGUCAGCGGAAGCAGACGCCGAGGACAUGCACGUCAUGUGGCUGCCCCGCGUCAAGGUGUGUUUCAGCGCGGAGGACCCGGCGCAGUUUGCGCGGCGGCACGCGGAGGCGCACCGCAGCCGUGCUCGGGCCGAGUCGUUGCUGCGGUACAACCUGUACGUGGACUCCAUGCCCACGGACGACAUCCCGCCGCUCACCAACGAGCAGGUGAACCGUAUGCUGAGCUUCGCUCUGAACAGCAAGAAGCUGAAGGACAAGCUGAUGGACACCAGCGCGCUGAUUGCGGAGGUGAACAUCGAGUACGCGCGCACCAUGAACAAAGUGGUGUUCGACACAGCGCUGACGGCGGCGCGCGCGGAGCGGGAGGCGGACGCAGAGGCGGCGGCGAACGGCGGCAGCGUGCGCCGCAGCACCAACGGCGGGGUUGCGGCGGCGGUGAUGAACGUGGGCAAGCCGCCGGCGGCACCGGGUGCGCCGCUGAUUCCCAUCUUGGAGGACUUCCCUCGGGACCCCCCGAGGCCGGUGCCAGAGCGCGGCACGGUGCCGGUGGAGGGUGGCGCGGACUUCCCGCAGCAGUUUAGCGAGUUCAGCUUUAAGACGCUGCUGACCAAGACGGAAGUGAUCAUGGCCAUCACGAAGAUCAAGGUGGAGUGCGCCAAGGUGACCAAGAUGUGCCUGUUCAACACGCACUACACCAAGUCAGCGCGCCUGGAGGAGCUGGAGCAGACGCAGGUUGCGGCCCUGGACAGCGCGGGCAACUACCUAAAGGACACGUGGUGUGUGGCGCUACGCAACGCCAUCCGCAACAGCUUCAAGGACGUGGGCAAGGGCUGGUUCAACCUGGGCGAGGCCAGCAUGGAGACCUACGAGUUCUCCAAGCUGCGCAAGUUCCUAACGCUGACGCGCUUUGUGAUGGAGGACACAAUGCGCGCGCUGGUGGAGGACAGCCUCGGCAAGUUCACGGGCUUCAUCCAGAGCUGCUGCCCCGGCCGCGUGACGGUGCACUCCACCUCCAGCGUGGAAAUCCUGGACGCCUCGUCGCCCGUGCCGGUGCCCGCCAUCGGCCCCGGCCGCAAGCCGCCGCUGCUGGUGAUGGACCUGGCCACCAACAAGGAGGCUACGCGCUUCGUGUACAGCACCCAGCCCGAGUCCAUUGUUACCAAGAUCAUGGCGCUGUUCGAUGCCGCCAUCGGCCGCACGCAGGGCCUGCACACGCUGGAGCCGGCCAUCAUGGAGAACCUGUUCUGGGCCACGGCGCCUGUGCUGUCCACGGUGCACCAGCAGGAGGAGAUUGUGGUGCGGCACCGCGAGCUGCUGCGCGCCGCGCUGUCGGCGGCGCUGGUGCCGCUGGAGGAGUACAUGGCCAAGUUCGAGAAGUACGUGCCGCUGCUGCAGCUGAACGUGGAGAGCUACGUGGCGGCGCUGGAGGCCAAGGGCGAGGAGCUGUCGCUGACGGAGGUGCGUGCCGAGAUCAAGCGCGCCUCGGCCGACCUGGAGUCGCUAAUGGAGUCGGUGCCCAUCGGCAUCUCGCUCGGGCUGGUGCAAAUCAACCUGGUCAAGACCCGCGAGCUGCUGGUGAAGAAGCAGGAGAAGCUGGUGGCGCUGCUCAAGGCGCUGGCUGCCCGCGUGCCACGCCGCGCCAUGGCCUCUGUGUCCACCAAGUUCGCGGAGAUUGACCGCGCACUGAAGGCCAAGGCCAACAACCUUGAGGACGUGGACGAGCAGCGCCACUACAUCGAGUCGCUGCCCAACAAGGUCUACGAACUCAUGGCGGACGUGGAAGCGCAGCGCGGCUGGUACGAGCUGCUGGAGGGGAUGCGCUACCUGCUGCCGGAGGAGGACCUGAAGGAGAAGUUCGCGGGUGAGAGCUGGGGCAUGCGGCUGACGCGGCAGGCGGAGAAGCAGCUGGAGGUGCUGGCGGGCGACGAGGCGCGCUUCAAGGGCGAGAUGAUCACGGAGCAGGACAUGUUCCGAGACACAAUUGGCGACCUGCAGGUGCUGGUGAGCAACUUCGGCCUUUACACGGACCUGGGCAAGAUGGAGGCGGUGGUGACGGAGGUCCGCUCGGUGGACGAGCGGCUGAAGAAGGCCGACCGCGACGCCGGCGUGUACAACAGCCGCGAGGCGCUGCUGGGGCUGCCGCCCACCGACUACUCGCCGCUCAAGAAGGUCAUCGACACCUUUGAGCCCUUCCUGCAGUUCUGGACCACCGCCAGCAACUGGCGCUCGCUGCACAAGAGCUGGAUGCACGACUCGUGGGAGAAGCUGCACGGUGAGACGGUGGAGCGCGAGGUGACCAACGCCUACAAGGUGCUAUUCAAGACCGCCAAGGUGUUUGGCCAGCGCGGCGGGCUGGACAAGUGCGCCGAGAACUGCGAGCUCAUCCGUGAGGAGGUGGAGGCGUUCAAGAAGUUCGUGCCGCUGGUGCAGGCGCUGCGCAACCCCGGCAUGCGGGACCGGCACUGGGACCAGCUGUCGGCGCUGCUAGGCUUCAAGCUGCACCCCGACAAGACCUUCACCAUGGCGGCGGCGGAGCAGAUGGGGCUGCUGCAGCACCUGCAGGCCAUCACCAAGGUCGCGGACGUGGCGGGCAAGGAGUACUCCAUCGAGCAGGCCCUGGACAAGAUGCAGCGCGAGUGGGAGUCGGCGGAGAUGCAGGUGCUGGACUACCGCGAGACCAAGACGUUCGUGAUCAAGGUGGAGGAGCAGAUCAGCCAGAUGCUGGACGACCACAUCGCCAUGACGCAGUCCAUGGCCUUCAGCCCCUACAAGAAGCCGUUUGAGGAGCGCAUUGCCAAGUGGGAGCAGCAGCUGAGCCUGGUGAGCGAGAUCCUGGACCAGUGGAUCCAGCUGCAGCGGCAGUGGAUGUACCUGGAGCCCAUCUUUGGCAGUGAGGACAUUAUGCAGCAGCUGCCGCUGGAGGGCAAGCGCUUUGCUACCGUGGACCGCAUGUGGCGCAAGACCACGGACGCCGCCAAGCGCAACCCGCUGCUGCUCAAGGUGUGCUCGUCUCAGAAGCUGCUGGACUCGUUCAUCGAGGCCAACAAGCUGCUGGAGAGCGUGCAGAAGGGCCUGGCCGACUACCUGGAGACCAAGCGCCUGGCCUUCGCGCGCUUUUUCUUCCUGUCGAACGACGAGCUGCUGCAGAUCCUGUCGCAGACCAAGAACCCGCUGGCGGUGCAGCCGCACCUACGCAAGUGCUUUGAGGCCAUUGAAAGCCUGGACUUUGCUCCCAACGGCGAAAUUGGCGCCAUGAACAGCCGCGAGAAGGAGAAGGUGCCGUUCGACAAGCCCAUGAUGCCGCAGGGCAACGUGGAGAUUUGGCUGGGCGAGGUGGAGCGGCGCAUGCGCUUCAGUGUGCGGCACCAGGUGGUGCUGGCCGUGGCCGCCUACGCCACCACGCCGCGCAAGCAGUGGGUGCGCGACUGGCCGGCCAUGGUGGUGCUGGCGGUGUCCGCCAUCUACUGGAGCCGCGAGGUGGAGGAGGCCAUCAGCGAGGGCUCCGUGCCCGCCUACCUGGACAAGUGCAGCGCCGACCUGCUGGACCUGACCGACCUGGUGCGCGGCCGCCUCAGCGGCCAGGAGCGCCUCACGCUGGGCGCGCUGAUCACCAUCGACGUGCACGCGCGCGACGUGGUUGCGGAGCUGGCGGAGGCAAAGAUUAAGAACCCCACUGACUUCGAGUGGGUGUCGCGCCUGCGCUACUACUGGCGCAACGACGACGUGUGCGUGGACAUGGUGCAGGCCAGCAUUGCGUACGGCUACGAGUACCUGGGCAACACACCGCGCCUGGUCAUCACGCCGCUGACGGACCGCUGCUACAUGACGCUCAUGAGCGCAAUGCACAUGAACCUGGGCGGUGCGCCCGCUGGCCCCGCCGGCACCGGCAAGACGGAGACCACCAAGGACCUGGCCAAGGCGCUGGCCAAGCAGUGCGUGGUGUUCAACUGCUCCGACGGCCUGGACUACCAGGCCAUGGCCAAGUUCUUCAAGGGCCUGGCCAGCAGCGGCGCCUGGGCCUGCUUCGACGAGUUCAACCGCAUCGAUCUGGAGGUGCUGUCGGUGGUGGCGCAGCAGAUCCUCACCAUCCAGUUGGCCAUCCAGGCCAAGGUGAAGCGUUUUAUCUUCGAGGACACGGAGAUCGACCUCAACCCCGCCUGCAGCGUCUACAUCACCAUGAACCCCGGCUACGCCGGCCGCUCCGAGCUGCCCGACAACCUCAAAGCGCUGUUCCGCCCCUGCGCCAUGAUGGUGCCCGACUACGCUCUCAUUGCGGAGAUUUGCCUGUACAGCUAUGGCUACAAGAACGGCAAGGACCUGGCUCGCAAGAUGGUUGCUACGUUCAAGCUGUGCUCGGAGCAGCUGUCCAGCCAGGACCACUACGACUACGGCAUGCGCGCCGUCAAGUCCGUCAUUACCGCCGCCGGCAACCUCAAGCGCGAAUUCCCGGAUGACGAUGAGGAGGUGCUGCUGCUGCGCGCGCUGCGCGACGUCAAUGUGCCCAAGUUCCUGUCCCACGACCUGCCACUGUUUGACGGCAUCAUCACCGACCUGUUCCCAGGCGUUAAGAUGCCCGAGGUGGACUACAACAGCCUGUUGAAGGCGCUGGACGAGUCGUGCGGAGAGCUGGGCAUUCAGCCGGUGGAGUCGUUCGUGGGCAAGGUGAUCCAGCUGUACGAGACCACCAUCGUGCGCCACGGCCUGAUGUUGGUGGGGCCUACCAUGGGCGGCAAGACCUGCUGCUACCGGUCGCUGCAGAAGGCCAUGACCAAGCUGGCGGCGGCGGGCGAUAGCAAGUACGAGCGCGUGCGUGUGGUGGCGCUUAACCCCAAGUCCAUCACUAUGGGCCAGCUGUACGGCGAAUUCGAUGAGAACACGCACGAGUGGACGGACGGCGUGCUGGCCUGCUACAUGCGUGAAUGCUCGGAGGACACCAAGCCCGACAAGAAGUGGAUCAUGUUCGACGGCCCCGUGGACGCGGUGUGGAUUGAGAACAUGAACACCGUACUGGACGACAACAAGAAGCUGUGCCUGGUGAGCGGCGAGAUCAUCCAGCUCAGCGCCAGCAUGACCAUGAUGUUCGAGGUAGAGGACCUGGCGGUGGCGUCACCCGCCACCGUGUCGCGCUGCGGCAUGGUGUACAUGGAGCCGACGGCGCUGGGGCUGGAGCCGCUGCUCACGUCGUGGCUGGCACGGCUGCCGCCGGGCGGUGUGGCUGAGAACUCAGGCAAGCUGGGCGCCAUCUUCAACGCGCUGGUGCCGGACGCGCUGCGCUUCCUGCGCAAGAACCUGAAGGAGACAGUCACCACCGUGAACAACAACCUGGUGGCCUCGUGCUUCGGGCUGAUGGACUCAUUGACGAAGCCCUUCGUGCGCGGCGAGGGUGAAGACCCGCUCACCGCCGAUGAGAAGGUCAAGCUGGGCGGCUUCCUGCCCAGCCUGAUGCUGUUCAGCAUCGUGUGGAGCCUGGGCGCUUCCUGCGACAAGGCCGGCCGCACGCUGUUCGAUGAGUGGUUCCGCAAGCACGCGGCGGAGUGCGGGCUGCCGCUGGAGGGCGCCAUGUUCCCGGGCGAGGGCACCGUGUACGACUGGGUGUACGACACGGACGGCACGUUUGCGGAGGGCGGCGCGCCGGGCUGGGUGGGCUGGAUGGCCACGGUGCCGGAAUUCAAGUGCGACCCGGACCGGCCAUUCUCGGAGAUUAUUGUGCCCACCGCCGACACGGUGCGGUACACGUACGUGGUGGACAAGCUGGUAGCCAACCAGCGCCACGUCCUGUGCGUGGGUGAGACCGGCACCGGCAAGACGCUCAACGUGUCCAACAAGCUGCUGAACGACAUGCCGCCGGAGGUGCAGCCAGUGUUCAUGACGUUCUCGGCGCGCACUUCGGCGAACCAGACGCAAGACAUCAUCGACGCAAAGAUGGACAAGCGGCGCAAGGGCGUGUUCGGCCCGCCCGCCGGCAAGCGGAUGGUCAUCUUCAUUGACGACCUGAACAUGCCGCAGCGCGAGAAGUACUUUGCGCAGCCGCCCAUUGAGCUGCUGCGCCAGUGGAUGGACCACGGCGGUUGGUACGAGCGCAAACCGCCCUGCCCCUUCCGCACCAUCGUGGACACGCAGUUCGUGGCGGCCAUGGGCCCGCCCGGCGGCGGCCGCAACCCGGUCACCAACCGCCUGCUGCGCCACUUCAACUUCAUCUCCUUCACUGAGAUGUCGGACAGCAGCGUCAGCCGCAUCUUCACCACCAUCCUUGGCGCCUUCUUCCGCAAGUACUUUGGCGACGCCAUACAGGCGCUCACAGACCCCGUGGUCACCGCCACCGUGCGCCUCUACAACUCCAUUCGUGCCGAGCUGCUGCCCACGCCAACGCGCUCGCACUACACCUUCAACCUGCGUGAUCUGUCCAAGGUGGUGCAGGGCGUGAUGCGCGCGGACCCGCGCUCAACCGGCGACUCCAAGCAGGUGCUGUCGCUGUGGCUGCACGAGUGCAGCCGCGUGUUUGAGGACCGCCUGAUCAACGACGAGGACCACGGCUGGUUCCGGGCGCGGCAGGAGGCGCUGCUCACAGAGAACUUCGGGCUGGGCUACGGGGACGUGGUCACAUCGGAGCGCCUCAUCUUUGGAGAUUUCAUGGUGCCAGGCGCCGACCCGCGCGUGUACUCCCAGAUCACCGACAUGCCCAAGCUGGUCAAGGUGGUGGAGGAGUACCUGGAGGACUACAACUCGGUGUCCUCGGCGCCCAUGAAGCUGGUCAUGUUCCUGGACGCCAUAGAGCACGUCAGCCGCAUCACACGCGUGAUCCGGCUGCCGCUGGGUAACGCUCUGCUGCUGGGCGUGGGCGGCAGCGGCCGCCAGAGCCUGACGCGGCUGGCGGCCUACAUGGAGGAGUACGACGUGGUGCAGAUCGAGAUCGCCAAGGGCUACGGCUCCAAUGAGUGGCGUGACGACCUGCGCAAGGUGCUGCGCAAGACCGGCCUGGACGGGCGCGACACGGUGUUCCUGUUCACGGACACGCAGAUCGUGCAGGAGAACUUCCUGGAGGACAUCAACAACAUCCUCAACAGCGGCGAGGUGCCCAACCUGUGGGGCAACGACGACCAGGAGGCCAUCGCCAACGCCAUGCGGCCGCUCAUGGCCGCCGCGGGCCUGCCCAUCACCAAGAUGGGCAUUUCCACCUUCUUCAUCAACCGCGUGCGCUCCUACCUGCACGUGGUCCUGUGCUUCAGCCCCAUCGGCGACGCCUUCCGCCAGCGCCUGCGCAUGUUCCCUAGCUUGGUCAACUGCUGCACCAUCGACUGGUUCCGGGAGUGGCCGGAGGAGGCUCUGCGCAGCGUGGCCGACUCGUUCUAUGGUGACGUGGACUUUGGCGACGACACCGGCGCCAUUAUGGCCGGCGUGGUGGACUGCUGCGUGGGCGUGCACCAAAGCGUGGAGAAGAAGAGCAAGAAGUUCUACGACGAGCUGCGCCGCUACAACUACGUGACGCCGACGUCGUACCUGGAGCUGCUCACCACGUUCAUCAAGCUGCUGGGCGAGAAGCGCACGGAGAUUGCGGAGAAGCGGCGGCGGCUGGAGGUGGGCCUGCAGAAGCUGCUGAACACGGCGGGGCAGGUAGAGGUGAUGCAGAAGGAGCUUCAGGAGCUGCAGCCGGUGCUGGCGGCCACCGCCAAGGAGGUGGAGGACAUGAUGGUGGUGAUCACCAACGACAAGAAGGAGGCGGACGAGACCAAGAAGCAGGUGGAGCAGCAGGAGAAGGACGCCAACGAGCAGGCGGCGCGCGCCAAGCAGAUUGCCGAGGACGCGCAGCGCGACCUGGACGAGGCGCUGCCCGCACUGGAGCGUGCGCUGGAGUCACUCAAGAACCUGAGCCGCAAUGACAUUGUGGAGGUCAAGUCGCUUCAGAACCCUCCCGCUGGCGUGCGCACGGUGAUGGACGCCACCUGCAUUAUGUUUGAUGAGAAGCCAAAGAUGAAGGACGACCCGGCAAACGUGGGCAAGAAGGUGCCAGACUACUGGGAGCCGGCCAAGAAGCUGCUGAACGACCCCACCAAGUUCCUGGAGAGCCUGUUCUCCUACGACAAGGACAACAUCCCGGAUCACGUCAUCAAGAAGAUUGAGCCCUACAUCCAGCGCGAUGACUUCACGCCCGAGGCCAUCAGCAAGGUGUCCAAGGCGUGCACCUCCAUCUGCAUGUGGGUGCGUGCCAUGUACGUCUACCACAACGUCGCGCUGUCCGUGGCGCCCAAGCGCGCCGCGCUGGCCGCCGCCCAGGAGCAGCUGAACGAGACCAUGGAGCAGCUGCGGGCGGCGCAGGCCAAGUUGAAGGCGGUGGAGGAGAAGAUCGCCACGCUGGAGGCGCAGUACGAGGAAGCCCUGGCGAAGAAGGCACAGCUGGCGCAGCAGGUGCUGCGCUGCACGGUGCAGCUGCAGCGCGCCGACAAGCUGAUUGGCGGGCUGGGCGGCGAGCGCGUCCGCUGGCAGGCCACGGUGGACCAGCUGGCGGACGACCUGAUUAACGUGGUGGGCGAUGUGGUGAUCAGCGCGGCCACCAUUGCGUACAGCGGCCCCUUCACGCCGCUGUACCGCUCCUCGCUGGUGCACGAGUGGAGCGGCUUCCUGGAGGCCGCCAAGGUGCCGGCCACCAAGGGCACCAACCUGCUCAGCACGCUGCAGGACCCUGUCAAGGUCCGCGCCUGGACCAUUGCCGGCCUGCCCACUGACACGCUGAGCGUCGAGAACGGCAUCAUCGUGUCCAAGGCGCGGCGCUGGCCGCUCAUGAUCGACCCGCAGGGCCAGGCCAACAAGUGGAUCAAAAACAUGGAGCGCGAGAGCGGCCUGGAUGUGAUUAAGCUGAGCGACAAAGACUUCCUGCGCACUCUGGAGAACGGCGUGCGCUUUGGGCGUGCCGUGCUGCUCGAGAACAUUGGCGAGACGCUGGAUGCUGCGCUGGAGCCGCUGCUGCUCAAGCAGACAUUCAAGCAGGGUGGCAGCGAGGUGAUCAAGAUUGGUGACAACAUCAUCCCCUACCACCCCGAUUUCCGCUUCUACAUGACCACCAAGCUGCGCAACCCGCACUAUGCGCCCGAGGUGUCGGUGAAGGUGUCGCUGCUCAACUUCUUCGUGACGCCGGAGGGCCUGGAGGACCAGCUGCUGGGCACGGUGGUGACGCAGGAGCGCCCCGACCUCGCCAACCUCAAGAGCCAGCUGGUGGUGUCCAACGCCAAGAUGAAGAAGGAGCUGUCCGACAUUGAGGACCGCAUCCUGCAGCUGCUGUCCGCAUCCUCUGGCGAGAUCCUGGAUGACGAGGAGCUUAUCAACACGCUGGCGCAGUCCAAGGUCACCUCCAACGAAAUCUCGGCAAAGGUGGCGGAGGCGGAGGCCACGGAGCGUGAGAUUGAUGAGACGCGCGAGCUGUACCGGCCGGUGGCGCUGCGCGCCUCGCUGCUGUUCUUCGCCAUCUCCGACCUGGCGCUGGUGGACCCCAUGUACCAGUACUCCCUGGCCUGGUUCAUCUCGCUCUUCAUCCGCGGCAUUGAGGAGGCGCCCAAGGCUGCCAGUGUGGAGGAGCGCGGCCACAACCUGAACGAGUACUUCACCUACUCGCUCUACGUCAACAUCUGCCGCUCACUGUUCGAGGCUCACAAGCUAAUGUUCUCGCUGCUGCUGACCAUCAAGAUCCUGCAGAACCGCAACAUGAUUGAUGGCCGCGAGUGGCGCUUCCUGUUGGCCGGCCCCACCACCAGCGAGCUGAGCCAGCCCAACCCCGCGCCCGACUGGCUCACGGACAAGGCCUGGAACGAGCUGCUCAACCUCAGUCACCUGCCCACGUUCAAGGGCUUUGCGGACCACGUGGCCGCCAACCUGCCCCACUACCGCGCCAUCUUCGACUCCAACGAUGCGCACGAGCUGCCGCUGGCACCGCCGUGGGAGGACAAGCUGGACACCUUCCAAAAGCUGUCCUUCCUGCGCUGCCUGCGCCCCGACAAGGUCACGGGCGCGGUGCAGGCGUUUGUGAGCCAGCACCUGGGCCAGCGCUUCAUCGAGCCGCCGCCCUUUGACUUGGCCACCUGCUACAAGGAGUCCAGUCCGUCCGUGCCGCUCAUCUUCGUGCUCAGCCCCGGCGCUGACCCCAUGGCGGACCUGCUGAAGCUUGCGGAGGACAUGAAAUUCAGCCGCAAGUUUGAGAAGGUGUCGCUGGGCCAGGGCCAGGGCCCCAAGGCCGAGAAGCUGCUGGAGGCGGGCAUGGAGCGCGGCAUCUGGGUGUGCCUGCAGAACUGCCACCUGGCGGUCAGCUGGAUGCCAACGCUUGAGCGCAUCGUGGAGGGCAUCCAGCCCGACCGCGUGCACAAGGACUUCCGGCUGUGGCUCACGUCCAUGCCCAGCCCCGACUUCCCGGUGGCCAUCCUGCAGAACGGCGUCAAGAUGACGCUGGAGCCGCCCAAGGGCCUCAAGUCCAACCUGGUCCGCCAGUACAACCGCCUCACGGACGCCUACCUGGCCGCCUCCUCCAAGCCGGAGGACUGGCGGCGGCUGGUGUUCGGGCUGUGCCUGUUCCACGCCGUCAUCCAGGACAGGCGCAAGUUCGGGCCGCUGGGCUGGAACAUCCGCUACGACUUUACGGACGGCGACCUCAACGUGUCGCUGGCGCAGCUGCAAGAGUAUUUGGACAAGUACGAGGUGAUUCCGUUCAAGGUGCUGCGCUUCUUGUUCACGGAAAUCAACUACGGCGGCCGCGUGACGGACGACAAGGACCGCCGCCUGAUCAACAACCUCAUCUAUACCUUCUGUGGGCCCAGCGUGCUCGAGCCCGGCUACGCAUUUAGCCCCAGCGGCACCUACGCCACGCCGCCCGAGGCCGUGGUGUCGGUGCGAGACCACCUGGAGCUGCUGCGCGCUUACCCCAUCGUGCCCAAGCCCGAGAUCUUUGGCCUGCACGAGAAUGCCGACAUCACGUGCGACCAGAACGAGACGUACGACAUGUUCUCCACCGUGCUCAGCCUGCAGCCGCGCGUUGCCAGCGGCGCCGGCCAGAGCCAGGAGGCCGUCAUCGGCGCGCUGGCCGCGGACAUCCUGGGCCGGCUGCCGGAGCUGUUUGACGUGGACGCCGUGAUUGAGCGCUACCCCACCACCUACAAGGAGUCCAUGAACACGGUGCUGACGCAGGAGUGCAUCCGCUACAACGCGCUGCUGGCGGUGAUGAAGCGCAGCCUGGGCGAGACCAUCAAGGCGCUCAAGGGCCUGGUGGUGAUGAGCCCCGAGCUGGAGGGCGUGGCCUACAGCAUGUACGACAACCAGGUGCCGGAGCUGUGGGCCUCGCGCGCCUACCCCUCGCUCAAGCCGCUGUCGGCAUGGGUGGUGGACCUGCUGGAGCGCUGCGCCUUCAUCAGCGGCUGGGUGGACAAGGGCACGCCGCCCGUGUACUGGAUCAGCGGCUUCUUCUUCCCGCAGGCUUUCCUCACCGGCACGCUGCAGAACUUCGCGCGCAAGUACACCUACCCCAUCGACACCGUGUCGUUCGGCUUCAAGGUGAUGGACGCGCUGGAUGAGGGCGCCGUGGUGUCCGGACCCGAGGACGGCUGCUUCAUUCGCGGGCUGUUCAUGGAGGGCGCGCGCUGGGACAACCAGACGCACGUCAUUGCGGAGUCUCGGCCCAAGGAGCUGUUCACGGAGAUGCCGAUUGUGUGGCUCAAGCCCGAGCAGCACCGCAAGAAGCCCGAGCAGCCGGCGGAGGGCGACGCCUCGGGCAGCAUUGGAGUUUAUGACUGCCCCGUGUACAAGACGCUGACGCGCGCCGGCACGCUGUCCACCACCGGCCAUUCCACCAACUUCGUCAUGUACCUGGAGCUGCCAUCCGACAAGCCGCAGGGCCACUGGAUCAACCGCGGCGUGGCGCUGUUCACUGGGCUCGCGUUUUAAGGAGGCGUUGCUUGUGCAGUGUGGUGCGUGGUGUGUGUGCCUGCGGCGGUAUGUGGUGUUGAUGCUUGAGGAUGUACUUUGUGGCAGGUAUCCCCGUACAGGCAGGGUGCUGACGGUCCUCCAGGGAGAAGCGUGGGGUGUGCACAACUGCGUGCGAUAGGAAACAAAUAGGACAGGGAAGGACUUACAAUACAACGCAGGACCAAAGCUGUGGGUAUGAGGAGUUUGGGGUCCUUACAGGCAGGAGAACGGGGUGCAACAGUCGUGUAUGCCAUACUUGAUUGCCUAUGGCCUUGAUGGUAAGAUUUGGAAAUUGCCGCUGCGCUGCACCACGCUAUGUGGCCAGGGAAAUCGGGGGUUUGCAUUGGACCCGGCUAAUACGAUGAGUGGUCGUCUGUGCUAGGCGAAAGCCCAACGCAUGGUUUGCGUGUGGGACGCCGCGUUGGCGAGAGCCACGGAUGGCCCUAUUACACCAUGGGGCAUGUCGCACCCGUGGAGGGCACUGUAAGCAUUUGCACGGACGAUGACUAAGGCAUUGAGUGCCUGUGCGGGGUUCGGAACGACGCCAUCGGGUGUGCAGGUGUGAGCAACCGGGUAGCUGGUGCCGUGUGUGCCAGGCGGGACGCUGCAUACCGGCAGACUCACGCCAGUGGACGCUUUGCCAGGCAUGGGACGCUGUGCGCUUUGAUCUCAUCCACUACACAUGGUAGGAUGUCACGAAUGCAGCCACCAACCAAGGCCGAAGUCGAGCGUCACUACUAUCAAUCU